AAAGGAAGCGGAAGUUGCUGCAGCCUCGAAAGGAGGUCGCUCUCAGCACAGUACUGUAGCCCGCGGCACAGUGGGAUGUCUAGCAACAGUAUGGCAGAUCCGCGGCGUCCCAACCGCAUUCUCAGAUACAAACCUCCAACUACAGAAAACAACCCUACUUUAGAAGAUCCUACACCAGAUUAUAUGAAUUUGCUAGGGAUGAUUUUCAGCAUGUGUGGCUUAAUGCUAAAAUUAAAAUGGUGUGCUUGGAUUGCUGUCUACUGCUCAUUUAUCAGUUUUGCCAACUCUAGGAGCUCAGAAGACACCAAACAGAUGAUGAGCAGUUUCAUGUUGUCUAUUUCUGCUGUAGUGAUGUCCUAUCUUCAAAAUCCUCAGCCCAUGUCUCCUCCUUGGUGAAAAAAAUAACACUUUCCUUUAAAACUCAUCUUCCCAAGUAGUUGGGUUAUCCUGUUCAGAGUAGAAGGUUUUCUUAUACAACAUAAAUUUAAUUGCACAGGUAUACCAUUGCAACACAUUGGGAAUGUUUACUUUGCUAUAUCAAUAAAGUAAUGAUUGUUAAAUAUA